UAGAUGAAAAACCCGACCCGUCGUGGUUUGUACCUUUAUGGGCACAUUUUGCCCGGCAAAUUUUCCCCUCGACUCCCUCCUCCUCCACGGCGGGCUCCGAUGGUGGCGAUUCGAAUCCGAAGAGCAAAACCUAUUCUCUCCAUCCGCAACGCCUCCACCCGAUUCGUCCACUCCUCUUCAUCCCACCCGUCCAUCGCCUCAUCGAUGGUGUCCGAUCUCCCACAGCUCGCCCCCGAUGACGAGGCCGUCGUCUCCUCCGCCGUCUCCAUCCUGCGGGAGCUCCGCUCCAAGCGCCGCUGGACCUUCCUCAAGUCCGUCCACCUGGCCGGCUUUUCGACCGCCCAGUUCGCUCACAUCCUCCUCCGCAUCCGCAACAACCCGCGCCUCGCCCUCGGCUUCUUCAUCUUCUCACGCCGCCACUCCCUCUGCCGCCACGACCCCCUCUCCUUCGCCGCCGCCGCCCACGUCCUCGCGCGCCACCGUCGCCGCCCCGCUGCCCUCUCCCUCCUCCAGGCUGCCGUCCGCUCCCUCGACCCCUCCUCCUCCCCCUACACCGACGUCGAGGGGAUCAACGGCCCGCCGGAGAUCUUCAGAACCCUAUCGAGGACCUAUCACGCCUUCGACUCAGCUCCCUUCGUCUUCGACCUCCUCGUGCAGGCUUACCUCCAAGUCAAGCGGCUCGAUCGGGCGGUCCAGAUCGUUCGGAUCCUGAGAUCCCGCGGCAUCCAGCCGUCCAUCGGCACCUCCAACGCCUUGAUCCAAUCGGUGUCUCGCGCGAAGGGAUCGGAUGCCGGCUUCCAAAUUUACAACCAUGUCUUCAAACCAGAACCUGCUGGCUGCGAUGGAGUUGGUGUUAAGCUUAGGGUUUCUCCCAAUGUGGGGACCUUUAACACCCUUCUCCUUGCUCUCCAUCGAGAAGGGAAUUUGGAGAGACCGAAGGAGAUCAGAGACGAGAUGGAGAGUGUUGGAUGCGAUCCAAACGUCUUCACCUACAGUAUUCUAAUGGCUGGAUACUGCGACGAAGGCAUGAUGGAUAGUGCGAGAGGAUUGUGGGAAGAAAUGGCAGCCAAGGGAAUCAAACCUGAUAUCAUGUCAUUCAACACUUUGAUCAGUGGUUACUGCAAGGUAGAAGAGAUGGAGAGGGCCGAAGAUCUCUACAGACAGAUGAUAAUGAGUGAGAUCGAGCCGACCGUGACCACGUUCGAGCAGUUGAUUAAGGGCCAUUGCAAGAUUGGAGAUAUCGAUUCCGGGCUUCUUCUGUACCAGGAUAUGAGGAGGAGGGGAUUUGGGAUGGAGGUCUCAGUUGUUGAUGAGUUGCUUGUAGCAAUGUGUGAGAGGAGGAGGGUUGCAGAGGGGUUGAGAAUUUUGAGAGAUGAGAUGAGGAGAGAAGAGUUUACGCCGAGUCGGUUGAGCUAUGAGGUGUUGAUCAGAGGUCUGUGUGAAGAAGGGGAUAUUGAUCAGGCAUUGAAGCUUCAGGCUGAGAUGGCUGGUAAAGGGUUUGGAAACAGCUUCGAGGUCUAUAGUGCAUUCAUACAUGGAUACAGGAAGCAAGGGGAUAUCGAGAAGGUAGAGAGAUUAAAGGAUGAGAUGAUUGUGAUGGGUGUAGGAAAAGGAGAGUAGGUAUCACUGAUCGGAAACAGGCCAGCUUUGUUCACAAGUUCUACGCUCACUGUGCCAUUGCCAUGAGUGUGGAAGUCAGAAGUUAAUGCAAUUCCGCAACAUGUUGAUGGCUGCAUAUAGAUUGGUGGGGUUCACUGUUUCUGUACAAGUACAUGAAAUUUGUAUAGUUUUGGGAGCAGGAAGAUGCACAAAUAAUCUUUAUCAUCACACAAAAUACUGAUGCAGCAUUUGCAAAAGAUUGAUUUGCAGGAGAAGAACAGCAACAUCAAUGUCAAUUAAAUGGUUUGGCAGUAGGAUGUGAAAUAAAUGGGCUAGCAUCUGUCUGUCAUAUAAGCUUCAAAGAAUUCUGCAGGUGAUUGUUUCUGCAGCAAAUAAAUGUUGAAGUAAUAACCAAGACCAGGGGAAAGAUAGUGGGUCUUGAUGAACCUACUGCGAAGCUAUGUAUCAAAUGGUUGGCUAGAGAUGUCUGGUUACUCGAAUUUUGGAAGCCUCUCUACAAUGGACAAAAUCUAAUAAUGAUGAUGGAUCAGUGCUGCAAAUCAUAUCAGGUAAUUUAUUAAGUAGCUCCGUAUGGAAAUGAUCUUUCUUAAGUUCUUUAUAUACCACAGACCUAUUAUUUUGCUUCCCUUAAGAAGCUAGAAUUUCAGAUUUCUUUCUUUCAUGUUAGUACUUGCAUUCUUUCUUCUCACCUUUUUUUUAUCAUAUUCUUAAGCUUUUGGCCAUUUUAGUCAGAUGUUACAAAAAUUAUAUGGUCUAACUAGAUAGAAUUGUGCAAUAUCUAGAGCUGCUAUAUGCACAAGAUUUAGUUAAUUUUGUUAUCUUGGAUGACUCCAUGUAUGUGCUGAAAAUUUAUCCUAAGAGUAUGAUUAAUGCAUAAGGUUCUCAUCAAUGCCAAAAUCUGGAAGGAUAAAUAUAUAUGGUCUUACCAUUGGUCACCUGAUCAAAGAGGAGCAACCUUACUGUGAUGUCGAGGCUUGUUUUGUGAAUUCAGUAGUAAAAUAUGGUGUUAAUGCUAUGUUUAUCUCUUUUCCUUUUCUGAGUGUUUGUUUGAACAGUCAAAUUAUAUCACUAGGAAGCAACAAGCCACAAGUUGAAAGAUGAUGGCCAGUGUAGAGCUCCAAGGGAAUUAACAGACCCAUGAUUGUGCCUAGGAAGCUGUCAAGUGGAGAUCACAAAUGAGACUGGCUCCCAAUAAAA